GAACUUUAAUUUGUUAGGAAGUGACUCGGAUGUAGUAAGGUUUUGCUUCCGGGUGUCAGCGUCGCUCGUGACCCUCCUCCCGGUUUGAACAGGGACUUGUUUCCUAUUCCAGCUCAUAAUUCAGAGGUUUCAUCUCUGAAAAGUUCCUGGCGUCCUCUUCCUUCUGCAUGCGUGAUUCCCGAUGGGCAGCUGGUCCCGCGUAGCCGUGCUGGAGCUGUACCGCGCGCUGCUGCGUGCAGGGCGCCACCUUCAGUACACCGACAGAAACUACUAUCGGCAGGCGGUGGCUCGCGAGUUCCGGCGCUGCCAGGCCCUGACGGUCCCUGAAGAUAAGGAGGAAGCUCUGAAGAGGGGCCAGUUCUUCCUGAACAGCAGGCUGGGUGGGCUUAUGUAGGAAGGAGGGAUCACCUGGGCCAUCAGGAGGUGGGCUAGAGAGGAGAUCUCUCAGGAUGGCGGGGGUGAACGGGGAUCGUAAAGGAAAAAAAGACGACAAUGGAAUCGGAACGGCAAUUGACUUCAUGCUCUCCAACGCCAAGCUGGUGCUCGGGGUGGGAGGAGCAGCCAUGCUCGGCAUCGCCACACUAGCUGUCAAAAGAAUGUACGACCGUGCCAUAAGCGCCCCCACCAGCCCCACCAAGAUGCAGCAGGGCGGGAAGAGGAGCUGGGAGGAGCCUGCGUGGAUGGGGUCAUCACCACGAGUGCUGAACCACGACAUGAAGUCCACCGUCAGCAGGUCUCUCCAGACUCUGCCCACUUCCUCACACGCCUGUGAACCAGACCGUCUGCGCAGAGCCGUCGGCCGCUCUGCCGCUGGAGGAAGUGGCGCCUGCCAGUCAGACCUGCAGCGGGCUCGCAUGCGUCUGUGUCUGCAGGAGCGUCUGUGGGAGUUCUACCAAAAACACGUCAACAUCCCGACUGAGGAGCAGACUGUGGCCAGGAGGGCGGCGCUGGACAUCUGUGCGGAGCUGAGAGUGUUCCUUCACGCCAAGCUGCCCGACAUGCCGCUCAGAGAGAUGUACCUGAGUGGAAGCCUGUACGACGACCUCCAGGUGGUGACGGCGGACCACGCCCAGCUGAUGGUGCCUCUGGUCUUGGAGAAGAAUCUGUGGUCGUCUAUCCCAGGAGAGGACACGAUCAUGAACGUCCCUGGUUUUUGGCUCGUCCGCAGGGAGAACUUGGAAUAUUUUCCCAGGAAUAGCAGCUACUGGGACCGCUGCAUGGUCGGCGGUUACCUCUCCCCUAAAUCGGUCCUUGAAGUCUUUGAUAAGCUGGUGGGCUCCGUCAACUGGCCGGCUAUAGGGAGCGUCCUGGACUACAUCAUCCGUCCCGUGGUUCCCUCUGAGACUCUGACUCUGGAGGUCCAGUACGAGAUGGACCGGACUCUGUACGUGGACUUCCUGCCUUUGCUGGUGAUGGAGGAUGGAAUCUCGCUGAUUGCCAAACCACACCGGCUCGCCGCAGAGCGCCAUGAAAACCUGUGGCGGCAGAGCUUCCGCGUGGCCGAGACAGCGCGCCUCCGGGCUCUGGAUCAGGAGGACGGAGGCUGCCGCUCCACCUGCCUGAAGGUGGCGAAGGCUGUGUGCAAGCUCCACCCCGCCCUGCACCGGCUCAACUCCAGCCAGCUCACCAACGCCAUCCUACUGCUAAGCGAGAAGGAGGGGGACUGGACCCAGGAAGCGCUGGCCGACCGUUUCCUUCAGCUCCUCCGGGCUCUAGUGGGACACCUGGAGGCCGGGAAGCUCCCCUGUGCCCUCAGCCCCAAAGUGAACUUAUUUUGUGAGCUAACGGAGCAGGAAGUAGACGAGCUGGGGUACACGCUGUACUGCGCUCUGUCAGAACCUGAGGGGCUGCUGAAAACCACACAGUGAGAAAACCCAUGCAUGGAAAACCCCCAUUCCUUACCGUUGACUCUCAACGUCCAUGCAGAAACAUGUUCCAGACCGUAACAGUGUUUUCACUCUGUGACACAAACGUUUUCAUCCUUUAGUGAAUGGGCCUCCUUAAACCCAUUGUCUUAUGAAGUCCAAAGACGGCGCAAGCAGGGAAAGUGGGUUUUAAAGCAUUUCAGGGUCAGAGUUCACGUAAAAGUGAGAAAUGCUCAAAGAAAGGAAACGUCAGCGGCAGAUAAAUCCUCAUACUGAAGGAUUUAUCAAGUCUUUCUCAAUAAUACAGCCGCUGAACUCUUAUCUGCUCCCUUCAUUACUGAAACAUGUAUAGAAAAAGGACACGCCCACAAAUGAGGAGCAGCUCAGUGCUGUGAGGGGAGGAGCUAACCAUGGAAUGAUGGGAAACAGUGCAGCUCUUCUUUUUUUUCACAACCGGUUUUGUGCUCGUGACAUUUCUCCAUGAAUUGACCAUAGAAAUGUCGAGUCAUGCUGCUUUAAUUUCCUCUUCGCCCUGAAUAUCUCCGUCGUAGGCGGAGCUUUCUCACUAAAUGUUUUUGACUCAGAAAUCUGAAGGAGCUUGAGUGAUGAGGAGCUCAUCCGUGAAGGGUUUGUGUGCUAGUCUCAUUAAGUUAAGCUGGAGCCUGCUCUCAGAAUAGUAAGGUGCGCUGUCGGACCACAUGAAACCCGGAUCAGCUCAUAAGCAGCAGCCAGACGGGAAUCAGCUAAACAUGGAUCCAGACAGGACCUGCAGAGAUGUGCUAACCUCUUAGUUAUGUAAUCACAGCUACUUAGGCCAAACUUUCUGUUCAACUGAGUCGAAAAGUUGUUUUUGUGUCAAGAAUGUCCAGCUGUCUUAUUUCGUUUUAGUGAAAAUAUUCACUAAACAAACAUCCAGAGAUAACUCAGUGGUCUGUAUGGUUUCUGUGCAAUUAGUCAUCAAUAUGAUGGAGAGGUAAAUAUUUUUCUAUUUAUUAUGCAUUUGUAACCAAAAAGAUGCUAUUUAUUUUCACCGUACCGUUGAGUGUAAGUGCUUUGUUCUGGCUGUACAACAUAAUGUGACCAUGCAAACGUCAGAUCCUCCUCUGAGUCGGGGUAGCAGGGACAUCACUGUGCCACCCGAUGGAAAAGCAGCUGCCAGGUGGGGGGGGCAGACGGUCACACGCCGGGGCGCGUGUCCCUCUGCCGUCAGUCCGGUCGCUUUUAUCUUUCCUGUAUAGGAAUCUGCUUGAAAAGACUGGAUCAAAGUUGAAUAAACACAUCAAAUUACAAA